AUGCAAAGAGACACAAAUGGAAAUGGUUCACAUUCUAUCAUCUCACAAGCAAACUCAUUCUCCACAGCCUUAAUUACUCCUCUUACUGAUUCCAAUUCGUUCGAUCGACAACCUCUCGGUUUUGCCCUCCCGAUAACUCAUGGAGAACCCAUGAUCGGCUUUAAUUCUACCGAGAUGGAAAAUAAUCAAGUCACGAUAGCCACACUCAACGAGUUUUACACCGCCCAACGAGGAAAAUACGUUCGCAAUUUCCCAACCGAAGCAGCAUUUUAUCCUCCCCAACCCUUCGAUUUUCAAGAAACAGCCACCCGGUUUUUCACGAAUCAAGAAAAUCUCAUCACUCCAAACGACCCCUUUGAGUACGCGAAAACUGUCUCUUCGAGCAUCGUGAAUCCAUAUUACGAGCACAUGAGUUACGGUUACGAGAGUAUAGAAGAACCGUGGAAUUUGAAUAAGCUUGUCCCUAGAAAAGAGCUCUCUCUUAGUCUUGCCACGUCAGCAGCGCCUCCUCCCGUUAUUCUUCAUGGGAGCUCUGACCUGAGCUCUAACGGGUCGUGCAGCAGCAAAAACGUGUCUUUAAGCUUCGACUCUCGUGAUCAGGUCCAAGUGGCGGCGGGCCCCAGCUUCAGAUUUGUUCACGCCGUGCAGGAAAUACUUGCUGAGAUUGCCCGUUACGCGCUCGAGAAUGUUGAUAGCAGGAGUUACUAUUCCGGGUCAGAUUUUUCUGACCCGGACCCGUGUAUGUUCUCACCCCAGAAUAACCAUUCACAUGAACGCGAGAUCGUGACCCGGAAAAAGCACUUGCUGUCCUUAUUACAGUUGGUGGAUGAUAGGUACAGCCAAUGCAUGGAUGAAAUCCACACGGUGACUUCUGCCUUUCAUGCAGUAACCGAGCUGGACCCGAACCUGCAUGCACGUUUCGUUCUCCCGGGAGUAUCCUUCAUGUACAGAAAUCUUAGAGAGAGAAUUAGCUCCCACAUUCUCUCUCUAGGACAGUCGAGCCAUCACGAUUGGGGGGAAACAAGAGAGGAGGACAGCUCGUUCGAGACGAGCUUCAUCCAAAAGCAGUGGGCCUUGCAGCAGCUGAGCAAGCGGGAGCAACAGCUGUGGAGGCCUCAAAGAGGACUGCCCGAAAAAUCCGUCUCGGUUUUGAGGGCUUGGAUGUUUCAAAACUUCCUCCACCCGUACCCGAAAGAUGCGGAGAAGCACUUGCUUGCUUUGAAAAGCGGUCUCACGAGAAAUCAGGUUUCGAACUGGUUUAUAAAUGCUCGUGUUCGUCUAUGGAAACCGAUGAUAGAGGAAAUGUAUGCAGAGAUGAACAGAAGAAAAGCUCGGAGAAAUGAAGAAGCUGAGGGGAAUAACCAUAGAAAUGUCAUGUCUUUUGAGGGUAGAAGAUUUGCUGCUAAGGAUUGA